AUGGACAGCUCUGGAAACGUUUCAUCUUCCAGUAAUGAAGUCUUCAAGCGACGUGAGAAUCAAAUUCUCGGAGUCGACAUGAUUCGGGAUUUGGACAACAAGCAGAAAACGUCACUCUGGUCAAGGAAGGUGCAUCAACUCGAGAUGGUUCGGAACCAUUGGUCCCUCAUCUUCCGAAAAGCAGAAGAAGACGUGCGAUGA